AUGCCUCCCAAGCGAAUCCGCUGCACCGCCAGCCAGUGCCGUGAGCCCGCUCAGCGAAUCGUCGGAGACUGCACCUUUUGCCAGGGACAUUUCUGCGGCAAGCACCGCCUUCUAGAGGACCACAAGUGCACCGGACUCGAGGACUGCAAGAAACAGUCCCACGAGCGAAACGCUGCGCAGCUCGAGUCCGAGCGCACCCAGGUUAUCCGGGGCGUAUGA